UUUGGCUAGAUUCUACUCAAAUCUGACUGAUUUUAAUUUGACCUCAUCAUCUAACCACCCCUUCUUGGGGUGAUUCGUUUCAAGGUAGAAACACUCAGAUCAGCCAAAUUAGAGUAGAAUAAAUCUGCUGCCAAAUUGAUUCACAUGUCUCUAAAAGUGACUGAGAAGAAUAGCUUCCUAGAUAACUCCUUUUCAUGUAGGGUUCUGCUUCAAGCAGUGACCAGCCAAAUGCCAAUGGGAAGCUCAAAUAGAUCACAAUGUAGAAAGCAUCUUGCUAUUCCUUUCCACCCGGUUUGUGUGCCUCAAAUAAUUUGGUAAAAGGAGCAUUCUGCCUUUGAACAGGGAGGUUCUAGUCUUGGCGAACGUGGCCAAGAAAUAUAACAAGUUUGCUCUUUUGCUUGUUUUAAAGAGAAAGCUAUGUUGGUUCCCAAUCUUGAUGCAGAGACUGUUACUAACUAUACAUAUGUUGCAUGAGGUAACUUUGUACUCCAUGUUAAUUGAUCCGGAAUAACUACCACUCACAGUUGACGCGUGUACUCACAAUUGCUAAUAAAAACUAGAAUCUCUACCCCUUAACCGCCUUCGUUAUGAACACGGCAGGGUAACCUAACGUUAAGUAUUCCUAAGAGGUACUUCCUCCUCUCUAGCCAGUUUUAUAUAGAGAUAAGCCUGUGCAAUCCUUCAAGGUAGAGGACUCAGGAUCCCUCGGUCUCUCGAUUUGACGCCUCUGUGAAUAACUUCCCUGGAAUGUUGUCAAUAAGGGAGUGCCGGUAUAAAUGUUGACCUUUCAGAAAUAGAAAAUUUGCUACAGCCUAAAAUUAAUGAAGUAGAUCUCUAGCGCUUGCUUCUCACAAAGAACCUUGGGAAGUGUAGUUCUUUAAGAGCCUGGGUAAUGCUAACAGAGGUCUUAACAACUACAAUUCCCAGGAUGCCUUAAGAGAAGGUGGGCCACUGUGCGAAACAGGAUGCCGGACUAGAUGGGCCUUGGGCCUGAUCCAGCAGGGCUGUUCUUAAAGUCGGCGUCUGGCAGCCAAUCCUUUUGAGUCCCGUCUCAUGCCAGGAGCCGGCUGCAAGAAAGGAAGCCCACACGCUUCUUGAAGCCCUCAGCUUUUCCUCGCGGUUUUAAAACUUCUUCACCCCAUUCAUAAUUGGACCCUUUUUCAUACACCCCACCGAAGGCAAGCUAGCCAGAACUCUGCGAGAUUUCCCGAGUCGCUCGAAGGACCUCCCUCCGAUCACGUGCCCACCCUCCGCGCGUCGCAGGCGGCGUGGGGCUGGUGCGCUGGAGGACGCACACGGAAGUGUGCGUAAUCCGUAGCUGACGUUGCCACGAAGGGGGGUUGGGGCAGCCGCUACCUAGUUAGAUCAGCCGCUGAAGCGGAGGCGGUGCGCAUGUGCGGGCAUGGAAAUGGAACUUGAUGGGGUUAAGACGUCUUUCUCUUUAGGACUGUUGCAUCAGAGAUUGGCCCCAAUGCGAUUGUAUACGCUGUCCAAACGUCACUUCGUAUUGGUCUUUGUUGUAUUCUUCAUUUGUUUUGGUGUGACCAUCUUAAUAGGCAUUGCUGGUCCCAAAGUCAUUGAUUCCGUUCAAGAAACACUUCCAUCAAAUGGGGACUCUGAGAAAAGGGAGUUUAAUUUAAGUUCACAACCAUUAUCUACUUAUAAUCAGCAGUUGUGGUUAACAUGUGUAGUGCAGUCUGAUCAACCUUAUGUUUCAGGUAGCUGGAACAUAAACCUUAAUAUGUCGGUUACAAUACGUGGUGUAAUAGAGAAUGCAAGUGUAAAAUUCGUCAACAAGAAGGUUCACAACCGGAUCAGAACUGUCAGCUGUGCACAACAAUGUGCUGAAAUUAUUGUGGUUCAUCUUGGCUACCUGAACUAUACUCGCUAUGAGAUCACUGUCUCCUUUGAAAAACUUCCUCCGUUGUACCACAUUAAGAGGUUUAACUUCACAUGGAAAACCUAUAACCCAGCCUUUUCACAAGUGGAAAUCUGGUUCCGGUUUGUUUUUGUAGUUCUUACUUUCAUAGUCACAUGUCUCUUCGCGCAUUCCCUGCGGAAGUUCUCCAUGAGAGAUUGGGGAAUAGAGCAAAAGUGGAUGUCUAUCCUCCUCCCCCUGCUAUUGCUUUAUAAUGAUCCAUUUUUCCCCCUCUCGUUCCUAAUCAACAGUUGGUUUCCUGGAAUGUUAGAUGACUUCUUUCAGUCACUAUUCUUGUGUGCAUUGCUGCUGUUCUGGCUCUGUGUCUACCACGGGAUAAGAGUGCAGGGAGAAAGGAAGUGCCUAACGUUCUAUUUUCCCAAGUUCCUUAUUGUUGGGCUACUUUGGUUAGCUUCUGUUGCAUUAGGAAUAUGGCAAACUGUGAAUGAAUUGCAUGACCCGACGUACCAAUAUGGGGUUGAUGCAAGUAAUUUUCAGGGGAUGAAAAUCUUCUUCCUUGUGGUGGCAACUAUGUACAUUUUGUACCUUUUAUUCCUGAUAAUCAGGGCUUGCUCAGAACUUCGUAACAUGCCCUAUGUUGAUCUCAGGCUGAAAUUCUUGACUGCAUUGACAUUUGUAGUGCUUGUCAUUAGCAUGGCUAUACUUUACUUGCGGUUUGGAGCACAGAUUCAACAGGACAACUUUGUGGCUGAACUGUCGACUCACUAUCAUAAUUCUGCAGAAUUCUUAUCGUUCUAUGGCUUAUUGAACUUCUACCUAUACACAUUAGCUUUUGUGUAUUCUCCAUCAAAAAAUGCCCUGUAUGAGUCUCAGCUGAAAGACAAUCCUGCCUUCUCCAUGUUGAACGACUCAGACGAUGAUGUGAUUUAUGGGAGUGACUAUGAAGAAAUGCCGCUUCAGAAUGGCCAAGCUAUCAGAGCCAAAUUCAAGGAAGAAUCGGACAGUGAUUAAGUUUGCAUAAAAGUGGCCUGCAAUAUGAGAACAGAAACAAUUGUGACUUUCCCCACAUUUCUCCCUUAUCUACAGUAAACUGAGCAUAGACUUCUAUGGAAGGACUUCCCAUUUCUCCUUUUUUGUUUACAAACCUAAAAAUGAAGAGAGAAUUGUUUCAAAUGAAACCCAAAGUGUGCUUAAACACACAUCCGUACACACUAACUCAAGAAAAACUUGAGUUUUGGAUACUGCCAGAUCAGAUUGUUAAAUCAAAGAGGCUUUGAGGGUCUUAACAUUCAUUGUGAACUGAACAUUGAUGAUAGCCUGAUUUCCCAUUUGCUUCAUAGACUAUUUAGUGGGAAGGUGGUAGUCAGCUUAAUUUUAUUCAAAGGUAACUUGAUCUUGAUAGUUGUUUAACUUUGUUGGGGCGUGCCGUGCCUAACCUCCCAACCUCUUUUGAUCCCAGAUCGAUUUAGAGAUUGGAAAUUGUUUGGUACUACUUUCUCUUGAGAAACCUCAAUUUCUUGUUCCCAUUUCAGAGAUGGGAACGUGACAGGUAGGGAGUGGCAAUUGUGUUUCAGCGCAGUAUUGUGACGUGUUCAUGAAAUGAAGGAAUAAUCUUGGUAGUUGCCUGCAUAAUUGUUGAACCUCUUCGGUGACUAAUAUAAUUUUAUAUAAUUUGCACUUGCAUCAAAAGAGCAAAAUAUUUUGAGAUAGAAAUGUCCCAAGGUUGCUUUUAUCUUUCAGGUUGUUGUUUUUUUAAAAAACAAAAUCAACUAGAUGACAGACUUCUGUGAAAAGCAUAGCCUUGCACUUCAGUGUCUUCUGCAUAUGUAAAUGAGUAAAUGCUGUUUUUAAAUGACAAAGAAUAAUAAUUUUCAUUCACAUUCCCUUAAAACUCUCUAGAUAUAUUUCUUAAAUAAUGGUAUUUAAGUAGAUUGGUUUUUAAUUAUCCAUAUCCUAGUAAGAUGCACACGUGUUAAAUGUGUGCAUAAGUGUGCGGAUGGACAUGUGGGUAGAUUAUCUUUGUAUUUAACCAAGCGGGAUCCCAGAUGACUGUGAUUGCUUUUUGCUGGACCAACUGUAUGUUGGCAGUAGACCCUCCAAAUUGCAGUAUAGUGACACGUCCACGUGAUGAUGAUAUGUGGACUUGACUAUAGUUCAAUAAAAGAUACAAUUUGAGUGAUCUUGGAUCCUCUCUGGUUUUGGGACAAGCAUCUUGUAGUUCAUUAUUGUACCCCUCAGAGGGCUGCUUCUGCCGCUUGCACUUUUUUCUUCAUCCAUGCUAGAAAUUUUACCACUGGUGGCGCAGUGGUAAAAAAACUGCCGCCCUGUAACCAGAAGGUUACAAGUUCGAUCCUGACCAGGGGCUCAAGGUUGACUCAGCCUUCCAUCCUUCCGAGGUCGGUAAAAUGAGUACCCAGAAUGUUGGGGGCAAUAUGCUAAAUCAUUGUAAACCGCUUAGAGAGCUCUGGCUAUAGAGCGGUAUAUAAAUGUAAGUGCUAUUGCUAAAUAUGCAUUACUGGCCCUCAGGAGGUUUAUCAGAUUGGUGUUGCCCAUCACAGUUGCUGGGAAUGUCUCUCUACUCUCCCACCCUUGAUUACCAAAGGGACUGAGUAUAUUAGAACAUUAAUUUUAUUGGGUAGUUGGACCUACCUCACAUAAUUUGUCAGUAUUUUUAUGUGCUUUCAUACAUACAUGUUUUUUAUAAACAACUUCCCCUAUUUGUAGUAGGCUUUUAAAGAAACACUUCACAUUAGAGAGCACAGUGCAACUGACCAAUAUGCAAGGACUUAGGAGCAAAUUCUGUCUGGUUGGAAUGUAAAAAUGCUACACAUUUCCAGUGACCUACCUGUAUUCCUAUGAGUUUGCUUUUCUUGCUCUGCAAACCAUCUGCUUAAUGGUUCAUUCUGCAGCUAUUGGUUCAGAUCAUAGAUUGGGAAACAAAGUCUUGUGCGAAAGUGGAAACUUCUUCCCUGUGUCUGGGAAUGGGGGGAAUAUUGUCACACACACCCCACACACACCCCACACACACUGCACGUGGCUCUGAAAAGUUGCCUGAUUCUCAGCAGUGGCAUUGCCAUCAGUGUGAGGACCGGGGCCAGGACACACACUACACUGCACACUGCACUUUGAAUCCGCUGUUAUCAAGUACGUACUGGGUAUCAUUACAAGACUACUAAUGCACUGGAAAGGAUUUGUUCUGCCGUUUUUGCAAGUUGGUGUCUAUACUGAUAUAAGUGCAAUGUAUUUUACAUAUCAAAGGUUCCAGAUAUGUAAUAGUAUGAUCAGUUAAAUUUAAUACUUCACUUUUGCUAAAAGUAAAAUUUCUGGUGAACCAUUUCAUACAUCUUUUUCUUGCAGUUAGUAAGGUGGGGUGCUAAUAUAUACUUAGUACAAUGAAUUUCUUUAAAGUAAACUAAAGCCAAGAAUGGAGUAUAUUCAAAUGUUUGGCACAAAAGAAACCAGAAAAUGAGAUCCCACCCCCCAUCUUUUAUAUUGCUUUGUGUUGAUCCCCAGUCUGGAAAAACUGAACUAUUCCUCUUAUGUGUAUCCUUUUAAAUUACAGCUGCUCUCCUGAAACAUUCCAAAGUCCCGCCCCCCCCCACCCCCACUUAAUUCUAGAGAAAAUAAAUGAAUCUGUGUGCUCCUUUUAUUUAUUAGAUGUGUCUGAAGUUAACUGAAGUUUAGGAAUAUAAGGGGAUUUUUUGGCUUUUGAGUUGGUAGAUUCCAAUCAUGACUUCCAUCUUCCCCCACAAAUCCUGCUGAGCUGAAGGGAUCCGGGGACAUUCAUGCAGCACCCAGCUUUGUUCCAUCUUUUUAUAACUAAUUUGUUAGUACUGUGUCUGUGUUCUGUUUGCAAAACACUUCUGCUUAUAUUUGAAGCUUGUUAAUGUUGCUGACUAGAGUGGUUUGAUUCAUUGAAAAUAGCUAAUGUACAAUCCAGCCAGAGUGGAGUACUUCUAAUGGAGAGUUUUAGAUAUCUCCCCCUAAGUCUAUAGAAAGUUUCAGUGUUUACCUUUGGUUGGAUUAUAGCAGGGGUCCCCAGCCUGGUAUAAUGACCAUGAAGGCCAUUGUGACUGGGAGUGAUGGGAGUUACAGUCUGACAGCAUCUGGGACCCAAGGUGGAGAACCCCUGGACGUACUACUGUUGUAGGGUUUUGUAACCUGCCAAAAGUCUUCUCUUAACUCGCAAAAUAUUUACAAUUUUUAAAUAUAUCUCCUAUUCUAUAUUGAUUUCUUAAACUUAGCUCAAGCAAAAAUAAGAUGAUGUGGGGUGCUUCCCUCUUUUUAAAAUUGUCUUAUUUUGACAUAUGUGUAUUUGUUUUUAAAAGCAGAAAGCAUGUGUGUUACUGCCUGUUGUUCAUAUGAACUGUUGUAUGUCACUAUGCGACAUAGUAAACUCAGUAUAAAACUACUGGAACAGAUAAUCUGACCGUAUUGCAAAUAGAGGAAAAACCAAGAUGGUGGUGGAAAGAGAUUCUGUGAUCAAUCCAGAAAUGUCAUUCAUGUGUUUCACACUCCCUAGAUGGGACCUGAGAUUAUUUUCAGGAUUAAUAUUAACAGCUGAAGCUCUUUUUGCACAGACGUGGUGGUGGUGGUGGUAUAACUGAGCUGUAUGUUGCAUGUUCCAGCUUCAGCCAGACGGUUAUCUGAAUAAGAGAUUUGUUUUGAUGGCUGUGAGUUUCUCCUACAACUAGCUAAGGUGGAGUUAAUUGAAAAUGCCUUUUGGUAUGGUGUGAGUUGACUUUUGUAAAGAAUGUUUGUCAGGCCUAGUACUGCUUAAAGUUGGGCUUUUGAGUACGCUAAAGUUAUAUCCCUUAUUCCAAUCAAAUGAAUUCACAGAUGGGCUGGCAGCAGGUUGCAGGGGGCCCAGGGUCAAAGCUCUGUGCUGGGCCCCUGUCUCCUUGGUGGCCUUGCUGCUGAUGCUGCCACCCAGAUAGGCCCCCACAAGGUUUGGAGGUGGCUCAUCUGGGCAGCAGACAUGUGGAUACUUGGCGGCAGAGAUGUAGCUUUGCCAUUUCUCUCUAACCACAAUGCAAUGUCUGUGUAGAAUCAUUCACGGCAAGUCCAUCUUUUGUUUGUUGUUUUUGUUAAGGGGACAGGCAGUGCAAUUAAGUGUCUCAGAUCUCCAGCACUUGUAGGGUUACCAGUUUUUCAGCUGCAGUCUUUGGGAAUCAGCAUCGAUGUCCAGGUCAUUAUUGAAAAUAAUCCUGGAGAUUUUAAUGGCUUGGUACUAUGAGAAAUAUUGGGGAGGAAACAAUCCAGGAAUAGCUGUAGUCAGAUUUGGCAACCCUACCACCAGGCAGAGCCUUGGAGCUGUGCUGUGUGUGUGGGCCUUUGCAUGGUUCCAAGCUCUCGGUCAGUGUCUGCCUUGUCCAAAUCCUGAUCCCACCUCUGAUUCUCAGUAGUCUUCUGCAAUGCAAGAAAAUCGUUCUGUAUACAAAAUGUUUAGUACUGUUUUGGAUUUUUAAUUACAAAGUUUGGCUGGUGUGAGGAAUUUCAAUUGAAAUGAUUUCUGUGGGGUGUAUUAAAAAGCGUGCUAAUAUACUGUUGGUGCAAAAUGUCUCUGGUCUAGAUAAAGAAAAUAAGUGUGCCCCUAGCUGCCUAGGAGUGCUUCUGGGUUUGCACAUGCUCCUUUUUAAUGCUCUGUUUACCACAAACCGAAAUAUGUAAAUACAUUGGGAGGAACUAUAUUGUUAGCUUUUGCAGUUGUCACGGGAGUCUUUAAAUAGGCACUUCCAAUGCCAAUAAAUAUGAGAGCAGCAUAACAAACCUGCACUGAAUAUUCUCCACUCUCAAUUUUUUUAGCAGAAACUAUACAUUCUGUAGUGGGGGCAGAUCUCUCUCCUCAAAUACUUACAAAGUGUGAAUACUUGGUUUUGUUUUUUACCCUGUCUAGUUUUACUGCUUUAGGACCCUUCUUCUCUCUCCACGCACCCUCAUCACCAGUGGCUGCUGUUUCCUCCUUCCUGACUCGUAUUUACUGACUUGGAUGAUUUCACCCAACCAGGGAUGAUGUGUUGUUAUCAUCUAGUCAAAUUGAUUUGUCAGUGUGGUAGCAUCACUGAGAGUAAGGAUAAUUUAAACAAACCACUACAUUAACUUAGUGAAAGAAUAUAUCUGGAAACAGAAAAUCUGUUUAUGCCAAGAUACACUGGAAGAAGACUGUCUAUGAAGAAACUUGCAGCCUAAUUUUAUGCAUACUUACUCAGAAGCAAGUCCCUCUGAAUUUUGUGUGCAAAGGAUUGCAGCCUUACAAUGAGAAAAUAGUCCUCACUGAUGACAGAGCCAAAAGGCAACAGUUGCAUUUAAGUUGUGUAGUCCUGUGUUGCAUUUUAGCCAUAUGUUCCAAUUGUGCCAGUAAUUGUUGUGAAAAGUUUCUUACACCACUGUACAACUGAACUCAAUGUUUGUAAAUAGAUGUAAAAGAAAUCUCUAGAAAAUAAUUUUAUACCAAAAUGUACUUAAAGUAUGUGCAAAGUAGAUGUUAAUGUUAAUGAGAAGCUGUAAAUACAGUUUUGCUUUUGGGAGGAUAUGCAUGGUGUAUCUUAGUGUGUUGUCUUUGUACGGGGUGGGGGGUGGGUAGCUGUUGAUUGGGUGGGUAGCUGUUGAUCAGUAUUCCUGAUGAGACACCAGGAAUACUGGAGAUAACUUGCCCUGAGAAGGAAUAUAAGAGCAAAAUUUGUUUACUUUCAGUACAAUUAGAUGCCAAGAUUCUUCAGAGACUGUGCAUAAUAAAAAUCAUUGUAUUCAGUACCUUCACAAUAAAGUUUUAUACUGAAGCUUUGUACCUACA